AUGCCACACCAAUUUCUUCACAAAGGAGAAAACAGUGUAUUGUGGGGGCAAAGGGAGAGUAAACACCAGUUUGCACUGAAAGAAAGCCCUCGAUUGUCUCGCAUGUUUUAUUCAAAUAUCUGUGAAACAGACAGUUUUUUCCAAAUUAAUGCAAGUAAUGGAAACAUUUCUCUGAGAGAUGGUCACAGUCUGGACAGGGAAAAUCUGAGUGUCAUCACAUUAGUUGUCAGGGCAUACCAGGUGGAUAAGCCUGAAUUUCGUCGUGAUGUUACUACUGUACAGAUCAACGUUACUGAUGUCAAUGAUAAUCCCCCAGUCAUGUCUCAGACGAGCUAUACUGCCUCCAUUCCAGAAAACAUGAAGAAUGGGCAGGUUGUCACAUGGGUAAAAGCCACAGAUGCUGACGAGGGACCAAAUGCUGAGUUUGUUUAUAUAUUGGAGAAUUGCAACAAAUCUUUUGAAAUUAACCAAACUGGAAGUAUUAUUGUAAAAGACAGUACACAGCUGGAUAUGGAGGAAAAUCAGCAAUUUACCUGUACAGUUUAUGCAAAAGAAAGCCAAACAGCAGAGAAUAAAAGCAGUAACAGAUCUUCUUUGACAAUAAGCCUGACUGAUGUCAAUGACAACAACCCAGAGUUCCACAACAAAAGCUACAGUUUUAAUGUUACAAGGAACCCAUCUAAAAAUACAAUCAUUGGACAGGUGAAAGCAGAAGAUGGUGAUGUCUCAAAGCCUACAAAUGGAUAUGUAACCUAUGAAUUAAGUGGCCAAAAAGAAAAAUUUUUUCAGAUUAAUAAUAAAACUGGAGAACUACAUCCUAUAAGUAAUCCUCUGUAUGGUUGUGAUGUAUCCAAACUCCCCAAAUCUGUAGAGUCAUAUGUGACAGCAUCAGACAAUCCCAAAGACUCGACCACUAAAAGGACUACAACAGUGAGAGUGUCAGUCAAUAUACAGACAAAUCUCUGUUCUCCUGUCCUUUCCAUCUUGGAGAAUGUUUCCCGUCAUUCAGUACCAGAGGACAUACUACCAGGAACCCCACUGGUCACCAUUCAGGUAGAUACAAAGCUAAUUUGA